UUGUCCCUCUCCAGGACCCGUAGUAAACAGUGAUGGCUUCCUCCGAGACACAGUCGCGUUUCGGUCAAUCUGUUAAAGGUUUAUUGUCUGAUAAAGUCACUUCUUGCAGUGGAGAUGUGAUCGCUCUAACCCGUCAAGUGUUGAAAGGAUCCCGGAGCCAAGAACUACUCAGUCAGGCAGCGAGAAAUAUGGUAAUUCAAGAAGAUGCCAUUCUGCAUUCUGAAGAUAGUCUACGGAAAAUGUCUAUUAUAACGACCCACUUGCAAUAUCAGCAAGAAGCCAUUCAAAAGAAUGUAGAACACUCCAAAAACCUGCAGGACCAGCUAAGACACUUGAUGAAGUAAUGGAGCUCUUCUAACAUCAAGCUGUGGAUAUAGCCUAUACUCUGGUCUUUCAUUGAUUUUUUUUAACAGUAGAUCACAUAAUUUGAGACUGCACUGAUGGCUCAUUUCAUAGCAGAUUGCUCUUUUAGAAAAUGCACAGGUCAUCAUCCUCUUCUGUUUUUAUGGCCUGCUUCUGGAUGCUCAUGCAAAACAUGCAUAAGACCUUCAAGUGAAGGAUUUUCUGUGAAAGACUAUUUCCAGUAUUCAUAUUUGUCUUUUUGAAAUGAUAGUACAAUGUCAAAACAGGUUGCACUGUUUUUGUCUCAUCUUUUAAGCAUACAUUUGUGUAAGAACAUUUGCUUUUAGACUUUUAGAUCUUGAAUUCAUUGUACACCAACUGUACAAAUUGUAUUUUCUUGUUAAUUUAUUUGUUAUUGUUGCGCUAUAUUUGAAUAUAUUGUAUAAAAUGGCACAAAUAAUUGUUUCUUCACA